AUGUCCUUCCAGGCACUCUUGAACAAACUCCUCCCCACCCAUCUCUCCACUCGUAUCCCCAAAUCAACCACUUUUGACUACAGUAACACGAAUCAUGAUAGCUGUAUCGAUUAUGAUCCAUCUGUUGCCUGCUACGUGCAGCCUCCCAGUAGCCCUAUCCAUAUCCCUGUAGCACAACCGACAUCGGCCGCCGUCUCUCCAUACCAAUUCAACACGUCCGGUUUGACUUGUCCAAUCGACCAUCAAUCCCCCGGUCACGAUCUUCUUUCGGUGCCUUCUACUGCAUUUGGAUCAUUUUCUUCCGCGGCCGACUCUAUUGUCACCACGGAUCAUGACGCGCUAUUCAUGCCACUGUCUUCACAACAGAUGAUCCAAGAGGAUUUUUGUCUGGAUGAUCUGCUUGACUUCCAGCCUUCCACAGCAGUGAUUCCAUCGGCCGGGAAUGAACAUACCCCUUUCUCGCCUUGCUCUACCACCAUGGCCAGCAGUGUGGGAGCAUCCUCACAGGUGGCUCCUACACCAAUUAUUAUCCAAGAAAUGUAUUCCCCCUUCACCGAUACACUUUCCUCAGCUUCUGUAUCGUCACCUUAUGAUUCUGUAUAUGGGUUGGCGUCACCUCUGAGCAGUGAUCUAUUGUUCCCUUCCUCGUUCCCUUCUCCAUACAUCACCGAAGACUCUCCUGGACCGCUAGCCUCUUCACCUUGCCCUUCUCAGGUUUCGAUUGACCAGCUGAUGGAGCAAUAUCUGGUGAUCACAGCUCAAUCGCCCUGCUUAUCCGAUCAAGAAAUUCAACCAGUCGCUUCUGCUGGAUCCUCUUAUCCUCGUGAGAAGCGAUCAAUGAGACGAUCUGCGCGCCUACAUAAAUGCCCUUAUUGUACCCAUACCAGCAACCGGGCCAACAAUAUGAAAGAACACAUCCGGACCCAUGAUCCGAACCGUCCCAAGAAUUUCGCGUGUUCCAUUUGUGACAAACGAUUUGCUCGUAAGCAUGAUAUGAAACGCCAUACCAAAUCACAUCAGCGCCUAUCACGACGCAGUACUUCAUAA